AUGGAUAGUGAUAAUUUCAUUAGAGUUGAUAAUAAAGUUUAUUUACCCGGUGAUGAUAUUGAAUUAGAUGGAAAAAAACAUAUUUGUAAAAAUAGUGGAAUUAAAUGUAGAACAUAUUAUUGGCCUUAUAAUGAAAUAAUUAUUGGAUUAAAUGGUAUUUAUAUUCCAAAUAAAGGUGAUAUAAUUGUAGGGACAGUAUUAAAUAAAAUUGGAGAUCUUUAUAAGGUAUCAAUUAAUGCUCCAUAUAAUGCUAUAUUACAUAAUAUGGCAUUUGAAGGUGCUACAAAACGUAAUAAACCAAAUAUAGAUAUAGGUAAUCAUAUUUGUGCUAGAAUAUCAUACUCUGAUAUAUCUAGUGGUGAAAUUGAAUUAACUUGUAUAACUCCUGAAGAAAAACGUAUAUGGACAAGUAAUGAAAAUUAUUUGGGAUUGUUAAAAAAUAAAAAUAUAAUAAAUAUCUCAAAUAAUACUAAAAAAAUUUUAGAUAAUAAAAAUAUACAAUAUAAAUGUAUUAAAGAUGGAAUAAUUAUGAAUAUACCUAUAUCUUUAACAAAUAUAUUAUUAGCUGAUCAUUGCUAUAUACUUAAUACAAUUUCAAAAUAUUUCCCAUUUGAAAUAUGUGUUGGACAAAAUUCUAUAAUAUGGUUUACUGCUUCAACCGUACAACAAUUAUUAUUAAUAAUGAGUUCUUUAAAAAUAGCUAAUAAAUGUUCUAAAUCAGAGUUUGAAGUUAUAGUUGAAAAUUUUUGGAAUAAGAUAAGAAUUGAAAAUAAUAAUCAUUUAUAA